AUGUUUAGACUCGAUUCGACCAUGUUGCCGAAAUGCAACAUAUUAAAACGCCUAACCGUUGCUUCACAGGUCUAUUUGGUGACUCUAAUCGCGGACAUCGUUGUGUUCAACAAACAAAUCGGAUUCCUCUUUCUCACAUUAAUCCUCGACAUUCUGGCGCUCACUAUAAUCGCGAUCGGCAUCAGAGGCGUCGCCCUCGAGAUCUUCUACUUCGUGGCGGCGUUCGCGAUGGUGGCGGCCGUCGUGACCAUCGGUCAGGCGACCACUUUCGCCUUCCGCUCCCCACUCCUCACCACAACCAACUUCCUGCUCGACCUCUCCAUCACUGGCCUCGGCUUCUGGUUCGCGUGGAUUCUCUAUCAGGAUCUGUUAAGCAGAGGCGGCGCCACUGUUAUUCCCAACAUCUGUAUCGUCAAGAAGGCGGAAGAGGCGGACGCGAAGAGCGACGGCAAAGUGGACGCCAAAGACGAGCCCAAAGAGACGAUCGCGAACUGA